GUCUCAGAGUAGUUUAUUACAUUAGAAAUUUGGUUCUGUUCUCUUCUGUGAACUUCUGUUUCUUUUGAAGUUUUAUUUAAUUUAGAUAAAAACAAGAAACGCCUAUUGACAAAGACCACUAAAAUGACCGACGUAGAUAAAUGGAUUGAAAUUGCGAAGACGUGUAAAUAUUUGCCUGAAGACGAUUUACGGGAACUGUGCAAUAUCGUGUGUGAUUUGUUGUUAGAGGAGCCAAAUGUGCAACCGGUUCAGACCCCUGUAACGGUCUGCGGGGAUAUUCACGGCCAGUUUUAUGAUUUAGAGGAAUUAUUUAACCGAGGUGGUCAGGUGCCACAAACUAAAUAUAUAUUUAUGGGAGAUUAUGUUGACCGUGGAUACUAUAGUCUGGAAACAUUAACAUUACUUAUGGCAUUAAAAGCAAGGUACCCUGACAGGAUUGUUUUACUAAGAGGGAAUCAUGAAACAUGUCAAAUCACAAAAGUAUAUGGUUUUUAUGAUGAAUGUCUUAAUAAAUAUGGAAAUGCAAAUGCUUGGAAAGAUUGUUGCAGAGUUUUUGACUUACUCACAGUAGCAGCUUUAAUAGAUGAUACAGUUCUAUGUGUCCAUGGUGGUCUAUCUCCAGAAAUAUCAAUGUUAGAUCAGAUACGGUGCAUUGAUAGGAACCAACAAAUUCCACACAAAGGAGCCUUCUGUGAUCUGUUAUGGUCUGACCCUGCUGAUGUAAAAAUGUGGUCUGUAAGUCCCCGAGGAGCUGGUUGGUUAUUUGGUGGAUAUGUAACAGAACUGUUUAUGAAUUACAACAAUCUAAAUUUAAUAUGUAGGGCUCAUCAGCUCGUAAAUGAAGGUUACAAAUAUAUGUUUGACCGACGAUUGAUCACUGUUUGGUCAGCACCAAAUUACUGCUACCGAUGUGGUAAUAUAGCGGCCAUAUUGGAAUUCGAGACUGUAAACGACAGAACUGCUAAACUAUUCCAAGCAGUGCCAGAUAGCGAGAGAGAAGUACCACCUCAACAUACCACCCCGUAUUUUCUGUAAGCUCAGUGAUAGAUAUACUCAUAAGACAGUAAAAGUAUUCCCAAUUGUAAUUAAUAUUUUGUACAAUAAAUUGUUGA